AUGACCUCAAUAUUAAUUAUUCAAUUAGGGAUUGAUGGGUUAUAGUAAUGGAAGUUUCUUUUUCGAAAGUAUAAGACAAUAAGGAAAAUAGCCUAAUAUAUAUUGAAGGCAUUUAAAAAGAAAAAAAAAGCUUCGCCUAUCAUUUUCUAAUGA